AUGCUCUUCCUUUUCUCUUUCCUUUUGGUGCCGUUCACCAGCGCCAUCAUCAGCGGCGACUACAAUUGCACCAGCUACAACGGAACAUCGGUCAGACUGUCUCUCACGUCGUUCGCAUCAAUUUCAACGUGUUUCAGUUCGUGUACACCCCAGCUGCGGUCGCCUGCUCGAACACCAUCUCGGAUGCCGCUUGCGAAGUUCUCUAUGUUGCCCCGGAUACCACAGUCGGAUACCCGGCGGCUGGAGGAGAUGCGGAGAGGCCGUUGGCGUGCUACACCACCGCCACCGCCACUCCUGCUUCCAUCGUACAGGAUAUGAAGACCGCUGCUCUUGAGACUUGCGCCAAGACUUGCGGAUUGUGCUGUCAGACCGACGCCUACUCCUGCUCCAAUGUCGCUUGUAAGAUCUCUAGGCCAAGUAACCAUCACCCAUUUCAUAUUUCCAGAUCCUCGUCUCAACUGCGCCACAAUCACUUCCUCCCAAUGUAACUCUGUCACGUGGCGUACGAUCAUUGCCACCGACUGCCCAGCCGCGUGUGGACUCUGUAACGAGGGAGGAUGCGUCGACGCGGUCACCAACUGCGCCAACGACGUCUCCAUUUGCACCACCGUCGGAAUGCAAGACUUUGUGAACACGUACUGCCAGAGAACGUGCGGAAGAUGUCCGUCCUCGACGACUGCCUCUUCCUCCAGCUCCACCGCCUCUUCCUCCUCGUCCUGCACCUCCUACACCGCCGACUCGAGUACCGCUUGCGCUGCUUGGGCCGCCAACGGCUUCUGCACCAACACCUUCUACACAACGGCUCAGCGCAAGGCCCGAUGUGCCACCACUUGCAAACUCUGCUAA